AUGGGUUCCACAGAAACUACCAGUCCGCUCCACGUCGCCAUCGUCGGAGGAGGUCUCUGCGGCAUAGCCCUAGGAAUCUCUCUCAAAAGACGAAAUGUCCCCUUCACGCUUUACGAAAGCAGAUCAUCCUUCACAGAAAUCGGCGCCGGAAUAAAUUUCAGUCCCGCAGGAGUCAGAGCACUACGUCUCAUCGAUCCAUCCCUAGGAGAGAAAGUCUUCCAACUCGCCACACGCAACGAGCCUCCGAACGAAGAUGUCUGGAUGUACUGGAGAUACGGAGCACCAGGCCCAAACCACCAAGACGGCGAACUGAUCAAGACAAUUCUAUCUCCCCCUACAGGUAGCAUGACAUUACAUCGCCAAGAACUCCUCAAAGCGCUAGCCGAAGAGAUGGGUAGCGAGAACGCGAAGUUCAAUAAGAAGCUCGAAUCCUACUCGCAAGACGAUACCAGCGUCACAUUAAUUUUCGCCGACGGCACGGCAGAGAAAGCCUCAAUCCUCGUCGGCUGUGAUGGCAUCCACUCCAAAGUCCGAACAACCAUGUUCGGCCCCAAAAGCAACCUCAGCAAAGCCGUCUUCUACGGCAGCAUUGUCUACCGAGCCGUCCUCUCAAUGUCCCAACUCGUCUCCGAAAUCGGGGAAUCCGCUCGCUCAGCGCAGAUCCUAAUGGGACCGGGCGGAUACCUGAUCACAUAUCCCGUCAACAGUGGUAAGAAUGUAAAUUGUGGUUUCUGGGCUUACAGGAAAGGUAUGGAAUGGGAUCCGGACAGUGAGUGGCUGAUGCCGAAUCAAGGAGAGAGUUUUCGGAAAGAUCAGGAGGGAUGGGGGGAGACGGUGAGGAGGGUUUUGGGGUUGUAUGAGCGGGAUCCGGCGAUGUGGGCGGCUUUUGAGCAUGGAUGUCAGCCGGAGAGGUUUGCGGAGCAAAGGGUGAUUUUGAUUGGGGAUGGGGCGCAUAGUAUGCCUCCGCACCAAGGCUCCGGUGCUGCCACCGCUGUUGAAGACGCAUACGUCCUCGGCGAAGUCUUGUCACUUCUCCAAGGUUCUGAUGAUCACAAAGCUAUCGUGGAAGCUCUAAGAGCCACCGACCAGAUUCGUAAGCCAAGAUUUCAGCGUGUUCACAGGUACUCAUCAGAGGGCGGACCAAGAUGGUUUGACUUCUACAAUCAAACACUAGAGGGCCUUGACGUUGAGGCAUGGAUCAAAGAGGGCGAGGCACGAUUGAAUUGGAUUUGGUCUUUUGAUUUGGAGGCUCAUGCUGAGGAAGCGAAAGCUUUGUGUCGUGAAAGAGUAGCUCAAAGAUAA